CGUGACUGACGUUAUUUAAUAGCACCUCUACAUGCGGAAAAGACAAAUCCCCCAAAGAAAAAUCCGCUCCGUUAGUGCGCACUCCAGCCGGAAGAUGGGAUUUUUCUUAUUCGAGCACGCACAUCUCCCCUUUCCCCCUCCCUCCGCCUCUCUCUCUCUCUCUCUUUCUCUCUUUCUCAUUCUCAAACAACUCAGUCUGUCAGUGUGCGCCGAGCGUUAGGAACAAGUCUCACUAGUCGGAUUUGCAGCUAGAGAGAGAGACACAUCGAGAGAAUCCAAGCAGGACAGGCGAGAAAUGAACUAUCUAAUGACUUGCCACAUCCGAGCACAUUCUCAAAUACCCUGCAACCGAGACCCAUGAAUAAGGAUUACAAUAUUUUUUCCACCCUGGGAAAAUUUGGCAAUAAUUUUGUCAGUCUCGGCACAUUUGUAGAUUUGUGUCCAUUUGAAAUGCUUGUUUUAAAUUUGCAUUAAUUCGUUUCGUUUUGCUAUUUUUUUCCCCCGUUAAUUAUCUGGAUUGUUUGUUGACCGUCUCAACAUUUCAAGUGCAUACGGGAUCAUUGGCAUCUAGGAGUCAAGCAGGAGAAUCCAAUUGGAGAACUAGAGGAGAGAAAGAGAAGCAGCGAGAUCUGUCCAGCAUCAACAUGUUCUUCUGAAGAGGCGAGGAAAAGCUCAUUCCCAAACCAUCAUCUACCAUCACAUUCUCGUCCUAAUUCGGCGGAAUAACAGAAUGAAGCGGGAGUGAAAAGGGAAUGGGAAAGAUAGGUCCAGUCUAAACCCCUCGGGAAAAAACAAUAAGCAUCACGAAAUACUGUAAAAGUAAACUCUUGCAGGGAAAAUUGCAGCAAAACGGCAGUGGGAGUUUUGUCCAAGAGCUACUUUUCCCUAAAGACGUUUUUUGUGGAAUUCUCUCCUUAAAUCCGCAUAGACAGCACAUUUGUUUAAUCUAUCCUCCCGUGCGUGUGUGUGUGUUUUAGCAGAUAUCCAUGCAGGCUCCCAAAACACGUUGUUCCUGAUCACACUGACGGAUUCACCUGAAGCACACACGCUUUGUUCGAGUCCAGAGAUCUCCAACCUCUGGGAGCGUAGCCUAUCCCACACAGCUUUGAUGGGAGUAAAUAGACGGAAUUCGGGAUUUCAAAUGGCGAGUCGGGGCUGUGAAAAUGGAUUGGGAAUUCUCCUGAUAUUCUUAGUGGAUUUACUCGGGAUCACGGCGAGCAACAUGGAGCCCAUCUACUGGAAUUCCUUGAACAAAAGGUUUAGUGAUGAUAAGGGCUAUGUCCUGUACCCUCAAAUCGGGGAUCGCCUGGACCUCAUUUGCCCAGCGUCUGAGCCGCCCGGUCCCCGGUCCCCCGCCGAAUACGAGUACUAUAAACUGUACCUGGUGUCGUCACGGGAACAGGCAGACAGGUGUGAAGUGACCGGAGCCCCCAACCUGCUUCUCACCUGCGAUAAGCCCAACAGUGAUAUGCGUUUCACCAUCAAGUUUCAGGAGUACUCACCCAACCUGUGGGGUCACGAAUUUAAAACCAAUCAGGACUACUUCAUCAUCGCUACAUCAGAUGGGACGCGUCAGGGGCUGGAGAGCAUGAGAGGAGGAGUUUGUGCUACACAGGGCAUGAAGGUGGUGCUGAAAGUGGGACAGAGUCCAUAUGGUCUGCCAGCCAAAUCUCCCAAACCUGACCCUGCGGACCGUAUCAACAACCCAAAUCCAGGUGCUGGAAACAACACACAUCCCAGAAUUCCCCCUAGAGGUCCUGGUGGAGAAAAUGGCCCUCUCCCCCCCUCCAACAUCGCUGUUAUCGCAGGUGCAGCAGGCGGUUCAGCUUUCCUACUGCUCGUAACUGCUGUGAUCUGCGUGGUGUGCUACCGACGACGACACGCCAAGCAUUCUGAAUCACACCACCCUCCCCUCUCCCUCUCCUCCCUGACCUCGCCCAAACGUGGCUGCGUCGGGGGUGUAGGAGGCGGCAACAACAACGGCUCGGAGCCUAGCGACAUCAUCAUCCCGUUGCGGACUUCUGACUCCGCCUACUGCCCGCACUACGAGAAAGUGAGCGGGGAUUACGGCCAUCCGGUCUACAUUGUACAGGAGAUGCCCCCUCAAAGUCCCGCCAACAUCUACUAUAAAGUAUGAGAACCGGAGACAACCUUACCGACAACAUCUGCUAAGACCACACCACACCGACCUUAAACAACGACCUAAAUCCCACCCCCACAGUCUGCACCCCAAUAGAUCAGAUCCUUUUACCUUCACACGCAUUUCUCCGACACACUGACCGUUCAUGGUCGAGUGUGUCUGUGUGUGUGUGUGUGUGUUACCAUUCUUCGCAAACUCACCCAACUUCGGCCUUUUGUUGGAGAGAGAAUGUCCUGAUGUGAGGGCCUCCCUCUCUCUGACAUCCCACAUGGGGGAAAAUUCUUAAAGCUAGAGAAGACCUCCUGGAGUGAAUCAGCCAACUGAAAAAAACAUGAACUCCUUUUUUGGGGGGCAUUCUGGAGCACAAGCAUCAAAACUUUUUCUGAUGUACUUGAAAAACUGAGACUAUAAACACACAAAAAAAGAAAAGAAAACUCAACCUGUCCAAACCUACAAAGACAACUUUGACUUCGAAUGCUACAUUUACUCGCAAAUAGCAGUCUAGUUUGUGUUAAACUCCUUCGAAAGGGGGAGGGGCCAUUGAUUCAGCCAGUCGUCACACAGGGCUGCAGUCACGUGAUCUAGGACCCAUGUGUUUGAUUGGAUUUGUAGUGGCGUGGAGAAUCUUGUAUAUUUUAAUAACGUGUGUAUUUUGUGAGUGUGUAGGAUAAAUAUUCCGACACUGCUGUCGCACACGUUGCGACCGGCGUGCUUCAGUACAACUUGCGAGUGUUUUUGUGUAUGGAUGAGUGUGUGUUUGAGUAAACUGUUAGCGUGAGCAUGGGCGCGUGUGUUUGUUAGACUGUUUUAAAACCAAAACACAAAAAUAUGAGCGAACAUCAAAAAAGGUUUUUUAUCGCUUUCAACACAUAGAUUAUAAUUAUAUAUGAAUACUCAGUAAAAUAAUUUUUAGAUUUUCUUUUCAUGUAAAGUUACAGUUUGCUAGGCCUAAUUUUUUCCUAUUUUUUUAUGACAUGCUGACCUUGUUUCUUCCCCUUUUUGAGUUGUAAAUUAAUUUAAUGCUUUCAUUCUGUUGCAGAAACGGAGUGUGUUUGGUUCCCCCUCAUUUUCCUCUUUCCCAGGAGUCU